GUCGGCGGCCGGGCUGCUGCCGUUCCUGCUGCUUUUUGGUGGACCUGCAGUCUCAGGGGCUGGUGGCAGGAGACUAGGAGACUAGAGUGGUGGUGUCGGGGGUGCCAGCAGCUGAGCCGGAGCCGGAGCCGGAGCCGGGGGAGGGGAAGAGGACGGCCUGGCCUGAGCGCGUGCAAGGCUGGAGCAUGAGCCGGACUUGACCGCGAGGCGGAGGCAAGAGCCACCGCCCCCUCUUCCCCUCCCCAGAGUGAGGCGGCGCGGCGGCGGCCGGAGAGGGAUGGGGGGCACCCUCCCUGUCUGAGCCUCGCCGCGGGCGCCUCCGGCCCUCGCAGUACUGCUCGCGGGCCGCCAGUGCGCACCUUCGGCCACAUCAGCCUUCGCCUGUCGGGUGCACCCGGGCCGGCGAGGAACGGGCACCCGUCGGGGUGGGUGGGGCGGCGGGGUACCUGAGGUCAUCAGCUCGGCGGUAGAGGCAGGGGCGGCGGAGGCGGAACUGCGGAGCUGCAGGGUCCACCGACCUUUACCUUCGGCGGGAGCAGUAACCAAUGUGAAAGAUGUUGCAGAAGUGUUCCAGAAGUGGCUGAAGAUAGAAGGAAAAAAGUGUCACUGCCUAUCAGAAAAAAACAAAACAAAACAUGGGAAAUACAACCACCAAAUUUCGUAAAGCACUCAUCAAUGGUGAUGAAAACCUGGCCUGCCAAAUAUAUGAAAACAAUCCUCAGCUAAAAGAAUCCCUUGAUCCAAAUACAUCUUAUGGGGAACCCUACCAGCACAAUACUCCAUUACAUUAUGCUGCUAGACAUGGAAUGAAUAAAAUAUUAGGGACUUUUCUUGGUAGAGAUGGAAAUCCAAAUAAACGGAAUGUGCACAAUGAAACAUCUAUGCAUUUGUUGUGUAUGGGACCUCAAAUUAUGAUAUCUGAAGGAGCCCUUCAUCCUCGUUUGGCACGCCCCACAGAAGAUGAUUUCAGAAGAGCAGAUUGUCUGCAGAUGAUCUUAAGAUGGAAAGGAGCAAAACUUGACCAGGGUGAAUAUGAGAGGGCAGCUAUUGAUGCUGUUGAUAACAAAAAAAACACACCCUUGCACUAUGCUGCUGCCUCAGGGAUGAAAGCCUGUGUAGAGGUCAGCAAGCUGAAGUACUUUUUAACACGUUCUCCUCAAUGUGUGAGGCAUUAUUGCUGCCAGCUAUCUUCUGUGCCAAAGCUUUUAGUAAAACAUGGAGGAGACUUGUUUGCCGAGAAUGAAAAUAAAGAUACUCCUUGUGAUUGUGCUGAGAAGCAACACCACAAAGAUUUGGCCCUCAAUCUGGAAUCUCAAAUGGUGUUCUCACGGGAUCCUGAGGCUGAAGAAAUAGAAGCUGAAUAUGCUGCAUUAGACAAACGAGAGCCAUAUGAAGGAUUAAGGCCUCAGGAUCUUCGUAGAUUGAAAGAUAUGCUUAUUGUGGAAACUGCAGACAUGCUUCAGGCUCCUCUGUUUACUGCUGAAGCUUUACUUCGAGCUCAUGACUGGGACAGGGAGAAAUUACUUGAAGCUUGGAUGUCGAACCCAGAGAACUGCUGCCAACGAUCAGGUGUUCAAAUGCCAACUCCACCACCAAGUGGGUAUAAUGCCUGGGACACACUCCCAUCUCCAAGAACUCCAAGGACUACACGCUCUUCUGUCACUUCCCCAGAUGAAAUCAGCUUAUCUCCUGGGGAUUUAGACACCAGUUUGUGUGACAUUUGUAUGUGCAGUAUCUCUGUAUUUGAAGACCCCGUGGAUAUGCCCUGUGGACAUGACUUUUGUAGAGGAUGUUGGGAGUCGUUUUUGAAUCUGAAAAUUCAAGAAGGUGAAGCUCACAACAUUUUUUGCCCUGCGUAUGAUUGCUUCCAACUUGUGCCUGUGGAUAUCAUAGAAAGUGUAGUUUCAAAGGAGAUGGACAAACGAUACCUACAGUUUGAUAUUAAGGCCUUUGUUGAAAAUAAUCCUGCCAUUAAAUGGUGUCCUACUCCAGGCUGUGACAGAGCAGUCAGACUAACAAAACAAGGGUCAAAUACAUCUGGAUCUGAUACACUUAGCUUCCCAUUGCUGAGAGCUCCUGCUGUUGAUUGUGGAAAAGGACAUCUCUUCUGUUGGGAGUGCCUUGGUGAAGCACAUGAGCCUUGUGACUGCCAAACAUGGAAGAAUUGGCUGCAAAAAAUAACCGAAAUGAAACCAGAAGAACUUGUGGGAGUCAGUGAAGCCUACGAGGAUGCCGCCAAUUGUCUCUGGUUAUUAACUAACUCCAAGCCUUGUGCCAACUGUAAGUCUCCAAUACAGAAGAAUGAAGGCUGCAAUCACAUGCAGUGUGCUAAGUGCAAGUAUGACUUUUGCUGGAUUUGCCUAGAAGAGUGGAAAAAACAUAGUUCUUCCACUGGAGGUUAUUACAGAUGUACUCGCUAUGAAGUCAUUCAGCAUGUGGAGGAGCAAUCCAAGGAAAUGACUGUGGAGGCUGAGAAAAAACACAAACGAUUUCAGGAACUUGACAGAUUUAUGCACUAUUAUACAAGAUUUAAAAAUCAUGAGCAUAGUUAUCAGUUAGAACAACGCCUUCUUAAAACAGCCAAAGAGAAGAUGGAACAAUUGAGUAGAGCUCUCAAAGAAACUGAAGGAAGCUGUCCAGAUACCACUUUCAUUGAAGAUGCAGUUCAUGUGCUCUUAAAAACUCGGCGCAUUCUCAAGUGUUCUUAUCCAUACGGAUUUUUCUUGGAACCUAAAAGCACAAAGAAAGAAAUUUUCGAACUAAUGCAAACAGACCUAGAAAUGGUCACCGAAGACCUUGCCCAGAAAGUCAAUAGGCCUUACCUUCGCACACCCCGCCACAAGAUCAUCAAAGCAGCAUGCCUUGUUCAGCAGAAGAGGCAAGAAUUCCUGGCAUCUGUGGCUCGGGGAGUAGCUCCUGCAGACUCACCAGAAGCUCCAAGACGCAGCUUUGCUGGUGGAACAUGGGAUUGGGAAUAUUUAGGAUUUGCAUCACCAGAGGAAUAUGCUGAAUUUCAGUAUCGGAGGAGGCACAGACAGCGUCGUCGAGGAGACGUGCACAGUCUGCUCAGUAAUCCUCCAGAGCCUGAUGAGCCAAGUGAAAGCACUUUAGAUAUUCCAGAAGGCGGCAGCAGCAGCCGCAGACCUGGCACAUCCGUGGUAAGUUCUACAUCUAUGAGUGUACUGCACAGCUCUUCCCUGCGUGACUACACCCCUGCCAGUCGCUCUGAAAACCAGGACUCUCUUCAGGCUCUGAGUUCCUUGGAUGAAGAUGAUCCCAAUAUACUUCUUGCAAUACAGUUAUCACUGCAGGAGUCUGGACUGGCCAUUGAUGAAGAAACUGGAGACUUCCUCAGUAAUGAAGCAUCCUUAGGUGCAAUAGGCACUUCUUUACCUUCCAGGCUGGACUCUGUCCCCAGAAAUACGGAUAGCCCUCGGGCUGCAUUGAGCAGCUCUGAGCUUUUGGAACUUGGAGACAGCCUUAUGAGACUAGGAGCAGAGAGUGACCCAUUUUCAACUGACACCCUCAGUUCACACCCUCUCAGUGAGGCAAGAAGUGAUUUCUGUCCCUCAUCCAGUGACCCUGAUUCAGCUGACCAAGACCCUAACAUCAAUGACAAUCUUCUUGGCAACAUCAUGGCUUGGUUUCAUGACAUGAACCCUCAGAGUAUUGCCCUGAUUCCUCCAGCAACUACAGAAAUUAAUGCAGAUUCCCAGCUCCCCUGUAUCAAAGAUGGAUCAGAAGGUGUGAAGGAUGUGGAACUGGUGCUGCCAGAAGAUUCAGUGUUUGAAGAUGCCAGUGUCAGGGAAGGUAGAGGAACCCAGAUGGAAGAAAAUCGUUUGGAAGAAAAUAUUCUGACUGAGGAAGCAGCAUCUCAAGCUAGUGACAGUGGUAAUGAGGCGGCCAACAGAGUAGAUGGUUCAGAUGUUUCAAGUCAAACACCUCAAACCUCAAGUGACUGGCUUGAACAAGUACAUUUAGUGUGAACUGCACACAUCUGGGCUCUAAAUGAAUUACAGAUAUAGAUGGUAUGCUACGUGGAGUAUGCUUGAAAGAGACUUUGAUUCACUUAAUUCCAACUCAGUGAUAAACCACCAACAUUAGGGUUGAAUACAAAGGAGUUCCCUUGAAUGGUAGCUUCAUUUUUUAUUUUAACCUUACAGGGAAUUUCCUUUGUACUUAAUUGAAUAGCUUUUCCCCUUUCUGCUGACAAAACGGAGAGCAAGAGAAAGAGAAACAAAAAUGAAAUAAAUAGGUUGUAUUCCAUAUUUUAAGAAAAUGCAGUCCUCUAUUUAGCCUAGGGUUGACAAUACUUAAAUUGAACAUUUAAACUAAAGGCUUACUCCCUAAUCUUUGGGUGGCUUUCCUUUAAAAAACAAAAAAGUUUUCUUCAUUCUAGAAAUUCAUUUUUGAUAGAUCCGAUAACAUGUAUGUUCUGUCUCUUUGUGCUCUUCUGUAACUUCCUUUCUUCCUUUUUGUCUAAGCAAUGUGAAUUGAAGUCUCUUUAGUACCACAUCUACCACAGUAUAAUUAGUUUUAAUUUUCACAUGAAGCAAAGAUUUCCUUUCAUGUCUAUUUACAGUCCAAUUGUGCCAAACUCUGACUUGUGUGCUGACUAACAAGGCAUUUAGGUGUGCAGUAUCCUAGAGUGCUCCAGGGCAGUGUCAGCAUUCUUGGGAGUAAAAGGUGCCACUCAGUAACAAUGAUAUUCCAGAAUUAAAUGGGUUUUUGUUGCCAUGGAGACUGCAUUUAUAUAAAUGUAGCCUGUAGCUUAAGUUAACUAAACCUAAUGCUGCUGUUAAAAAGUUUAUUUUAAUAUUAAAAUACAGUUGAUUAGCAACAGCGGUGCUGUAUUUUAAGAGACACUUUAUUGGAAGUGCAAUCAUAGUUAUUUGUUUUCACACUUUUACAGUGCAUUCUAAUUACUAAUGGGUGCAAUUACUUUUAAUGGUAGGUGUUUUAUAAUAUAGAAAAAAAAGUGGAGUUUUCAUGAGUUGUAGUAAAUCCCACGAUUAUUAAGAAAUUCAGUAAAACAUCCUGCGCAACAUGUUACCGUGCCUUUGCCUAACCUAAAUGGAUAGUUGCCAGUUAAAUAAGUGAGUAAUUCAAAUUUCAAUGUCUCUUCUGAAGUAACUAUGCUAUGAAUUGCAAAGACCUCCAUAAAACCACCCAUGGCCUUGCUUUUACAGUAACAACUAAAUGUUCAACCAGUUUGUUUGCCUAACUAGCAAAUGCUGACAUCUGUUUGUUCUAUUGCACAAUACUCAUUUGCUGUGUGAUUACUGUUUAGUGUUGAAAAAAAUCAACUUCCUAGUUAUCAGUGUCUACUGUGAAGAAAAUACUGGUCUUAGUUAUAAUUAAGAUACAAUGGUACAGUGUGUAAUUAAAACUAGAGUAAACUGUUGGAAUGGUUGUUUUACUUACAUUUUAUCAAAACUAGCGUAACAUAAGCAAAAUAGGUAAGUGCAACGCUCCGUUUAGUGUUUUGCCAAAUUGUUACCAGAAAUCUACAGAUACCAAAAUUUCAGUUCUGAGUUUGUACAGGCAAGUCCUGGGCUGAGUAAAAAGUUAUAUUAGUAUUGUUAUCCACAAGUGAUGUGAUUAUGGUUUUUAAUUACUUUUUUUCCAAACCCUGCUUUUGAAAUAUGCUUAUACUUAAAAAUCAUAUUGCUAGGAUACUAUAUUAUAAUAUUUAAUAUUCUCCAGAUCCUCUUAGGAUAAACUGUGGGAAUCCUCCUAUGCCAGGCAUAACAAAGGUCCACAUUAGUUUUUAUUUCUCCAGUGAUCAGAAACAUUGAUAUAAAUACCUAUUAAAGUUAGUGGGGGGAAAUAUUAACUUUAUCUACAGUGUAUUACUGUAUAUUAAACUGAAAUAGUCCAUUAAAGGAUUUUUUAUGAAUUUAUUUUGGAUUAAAAAUAUCAACACCAAUAAGUUUUUAGACCAAGUUGUAACUUUUCCAAUAUAGAGUCUUUGCAUCACAUUGAGGCAUCUUGCACAGCUGCAGUUAAGGUGAGAAAGAAUGCUCUGUGUGAAGAUAGCAUACAAAAUGGUUCCGGUUUCUUUGCACCUUGUGCAGUAUCCUUUAUUUCUGUGCUGUUCUCUUCUGAGCAUGAAAAAUGAUAAUUAUCCAAUUUGUAUUUCCUUGGUACAUAUUUUAAAAACAACACAGUCAUUGACUUUACAAUUCAGUAAUGAAGUUUGGCAAAGCCUAUUUUGUAAACAAGUUAAUUUUAUAAUGUAAAAAAAAGUUAAUCUAACCUUGACUUGUUAUUUGCACUUUCAUAGUCUAUACUUGAUACAUUCCCACUUUAUAUACGGUAGGAUUCUACAAACGUGUAGAUGUUUGGCCAAAUGAAUGCUGUUAAUAAUAUGUAAAAUUCUUUGAUUAAACAUUUAUUACUUAAACUA